GGUGAAGGACCCAGUUCAACGUAGCACUGCUCUAGAAAUCCUCAAACACCCAUGGUUGAUGGAACACAAACUCAAAAGCAGAAAAGAUGAGACUAUCAUUGAUUAUAUGAAAAAAUGGAAGAGUGAGAUGUUGCUGCCAGGGCAUGACUCUGAUUGGAUGAAGAUAUCGGAGUCGGACAUUAGUAUGUUGACCGGCCUAUCCAUAAAUAUCGGAACUACGAACAGUAUGAAGAGCGGAACCUCGCAUGUUUAGUAAGCAUCGUCACUAAAAAAAAACACUAUUUAUACACUUGUUUUUAAUUUUGUCUACAUUGCUUAAUAUACAAAAAUAUAAGCUUU